AUGGCGUUUGAGAAGGCAUUCACACCCACAACAAAUACCGCGGGGACAGGGCAGCAGCAAGCAAAAUUGACCGACACCCCUGGGGAGAUCCAGCGAGUGCAUCUCACCAGCACAGCAGAUAGCAUUUUGAAGACAGAGCAGCUGGAAAGCCUUUGCCCGAGAGCCCAGAAGCUUGGAUCCCUUCCCACCACAUCAAUAGAGGGCUUGGAGAAAGAGCAAAAGCCAGCCACGCUGGCAGCGGGGGUGUCUCGAAGGGCCCGAAGCGUUGAGGUUGUGCUGGAAAACGCGGGAAGAGGGGUUGAAGUGGCAGGCGACUGCUCUUUGCAGCGCCGACUUGAGGUUGCCAAGAUGGGAAACGCGCUUAGCCGGCAGGAGUUGAGUGAGGUGAAGGAAAAGCUUGCAAGGGCGUUGGAUGUGACACGUGACGGCGGGCGGCGCGGAAGCUCUGUCACCACCCACCAUGGGAAAGCCGAGGCGUGGCGAAGUAGGCUGUCGAGACUCGUUUCCUGUCCAAGGGCCGCUUCAACCCCACGGCAGGAGGCAGAGGCACGUUUCGAGGCGCGGCUGGUGACGUUUAUCGCAGCGUCAAACAUGGCAUCGCCUGAACGGGCAACACGUGUUUUCUGCGGGCAUCGCAAGUCUCAGCUAAAGCAUACCCGGGAAGGGUUUGGGUCUUUAUCGACGCCCGACAAGCGCAUCAAGGAUGCCCGACUCCCCGCGUGGACCCUUGUGGUUGUUGCCAUAGCAGCGGGAACGGUGGCGUCGCUGGUGACUGCGCGUGUGGUGGCACCUCCCCCAGGUUUCGGAUCCCUCGAGAGAAUGGCAAAGGAAGAGGCCGGCUUCGACAACUGCAGUACAACCUACCACAGCCUUGGAAACCUCCCCCCUUCCACUGCUGGCAGGAUUAGCCUUAGCGGUGCCUUGAGCGAGGGCACUGGAUACGAAGAACAUGUCGAACUUUCGUCGGGACCCAAACAUGAAAACGAUCGCGACGGUGGUGGACACCCCGAUGCGGCAAUCAUAAGGUAUGGUGCUAGUCUCCGCGAGACAGUCAUGGAUGACGACACGUGCCGGGGUAUCGGGCACGCGGACUUCUACAGUAUAUUCAACAAUAUGUGCGUCGAGGCUGAGGAAAUGAAUGCUACAGGAAGUGACGCCGCAGAUGGCAACGGGCGCAGGGAGGAAAUGACCCCGCAGAUAUUGGACUCCGAACGGGAUUUGAAGAUUGUGAACGAGGGAUGGUUUCUCGAGCGGAUCCACGGGGCCAAGGACUUGCUUCUCCUUGUCGUAUUCGGCGUUGCCACAAGAAGGUAUUGGCAAAGAGGUUACGGUUGACAACAACUCGUGGCCUGAGCACCUACCCGGGCCUACUCUGAUUUAUGUGGAUGGAGCUAUACUUUCACGCCAGACCGCGUG